GCAAAAGCAGAAGAACUACGAACUUGAACAUUUUCCUACACAAAAACAAAACAAAAGUCAAGUUACAUCGUUGCUUUCUUGCUGUUGGGAACGUUGGCUUGUGAACAUCCUUAGAUGGCGGCUCCGUUCUCAACUAAGCCGCUUUGAUGUCCAAAAUACCUGCUGGAAACGUGUCCAUGACAAGAGCAGAUGUGAUUUAGCAGUUCUACUGUUGUCCGAUACUUUUGCGUUAAAAGUGCACGAUUUGUGGGUCAUUGGUUUAUUUGUUACAUUCCCAUUUUUGUUAAAAUGUAUUUCUUAUCAUCAAGCAAAUUUUUAA